AUGGAUUUUUCCGAUGUUGAAUACAUUACAUUGAUCAGUUUAUAUAAAUCGCGUCCUAUUUUAUGGGAUCCGUGCAAUUCUAUGUACAAAAUGGCAAAAAAAAAAAAAAUGAUUUUUGGCAAGAAAUUUCAAAUGAGAUGGGAAGAUAUCAAUCAAACCAGGAAAAAAAUGUAUAGUUUGUUAGCUUCAUAUCGAAGAGAGGGGCAACGCGAAGGAAAUAGUGGCUAUUCUGGAGCUGGAACGAAUGAAAUAUACCAUUCAAAAUGGUUUGCGUUUGCAGAAAUGCAAUUUUUAAAUGACAAAUUCAAACCACGGACUACUAUAACAUAA